AUGAAACUAAAGCCACCUAUACCUGCUCCACGAAAACUCAUUAAAAGCGAUCAGACACAAUUUCAGAAGGAUAAUUUACGUCGUUGUCGUGCGCUAUACGAUUGUACUGCUGAUAAUCCCGAUGAACUGUCAUUUCGACAAGGGGAUUUAAUAAUUGUGAGCAAAGAGCGAAUUGAUGGUGAAAAUGAUACAUGGAUGGUUUGUAUUGUUUCGUUUUUUUGCAGAUAA